GCGCAGUCACAGUUACAGUGACUAGCAACAGGUGGCAACGCUGUAAGCCUCGGCUGAAUCAUGGAAGCAACAACAGCUGAUUCUACAACGUGCGGCAAACACGAAAAUAUACAGCGACGCGAUGAAGUUCGUUAUUAAAAGUAUUAGUAAAAACUCUGGUCGACUGGGCCAACUGCGGAUUAAAGAAAGCCAAGAGCUGGCCACGCCGCUGUUGAUGCAAACAACCAAAGGCGGCAGCAUUCCAUAUCUCACAGCCGAUGCUUUCGAAAUGGUCAGCAAUGAGCACCAACUGCUCCAACUCACACUGUCCACCAUGGAUCAAAUGGCAGAGUCGCUGGCGCAGUGGACUCGGCCCCUAAGUGACUAUGUUGGCUUGCCCGGUCACAACACAGUGUUGAUGCUUCGUGAUCCGUGUGAAACAACUCCCGCCGGCGGAAAUGAUCGGGAUGUGAUGCCGUUGUUCACGCGACGCGGCAAGGAAUCCCUAACGGCCACGCAGUAUAUGGAGAUGGUGGCCAAGUUCGCGCCUGAUGUCUACCAAGGCUUGUGCGAUGCUGACACCAAUCCAGAGAGCACUAAGAAGCGUGUACAGAAAUCUGUGGAUCGCACCGAGCGUUUCAUGAACGAAUGCUAUGCGCUGCAUGGAAAAGAGCAGCGAUUGGCCAACUCCACGUUACUGGCUCCCAUUGUGGGUGGCUACAACACCUUUGCACGUACACAAUCCAUCAAGCAUGCAAAAGAACAACCAGCUGGAAGUUAUGGUGGCUACAUUCUCGAAGGAUUCCAUACGAAUGGCUUGGCAGCAACGACGUUACCGGCGGCACAGCUGUUGCUCAUUGUGGAGCAUUGUCUGCAGCAGCUGGAGGAUGACAAGCCGCGUCUAAUGCCAGGCGCAUUUACGCCUUUAUUGACGCUGGAGCUGAUUAGCAGAGGCGUUGAUGUAUUCGACACUUCGUAUGCUUAUUGCGCCGCAGCCAACUACAAAGCCUUGACGUUCAGUUACACCAAGGAUGCAGUGCAGCAUGCGGCGUUCUUGGAUCUGACGGAUGAUGAGAUAAAAGAGCAGUUUACGCCUCUGCUUAGUGGUUGCAGUUGUUUAGCGUGUAGCAAACACACGCGUGCCUACAUUCAUCAUUUGUACAAGACACACGAGUUGCUUGGUCCCAUUCUGCUGAUGAUCCACAACUUGCAUCAUUAUUUGGGUUUCUUUGCGGCUAUUCGCAGCAGCAUUGCGGCGGAUCAACUUCCAGAGUUAAUUGAGCAUGUGCGUCUGCAAAAUGCGGGCACCGAGAUCGAUUAUCGCAUCGAGGCUAAUGCCAAAGUGAUCAGCAAGGCGGCCAUGGGCAAGGGAUUCAUUGCAGCGGCCGUUUAACAAUGGUAUUCCGCAUUUAAUAAAUUUAAGCUACAAUCACAAAAUUCUGUGUACUACUUAUAAAGUAAACGGUUGCUGCCACAGCGAUUGAUCGGUGCCAUUAACAAUGUGUUGCACCUGGUCGUAGACAGCAUCGUAGGCAUUUCCAGUAACAGAGCGAAUGCGUUCAAUUACCUUCUGCUCCGUUAAAUUGUUUACUUUAUCCUCAUCUGCAAUGGAAAAAUUGUAAUUAGUAUAAAAGUAUCUAAUAAUUAAGAGUACUGGACUCCGCUAGCAAUCAGAACUGGGAAUUUAAUACAUGAAUGAUAAUCAUAGCUCACCUGAAAGUGGAAUGAAUCCAGCCAGUUCGCAGAAUCCCACAUUGAAGGCCGUCACAUCCUUGGACACGCAAAACUUUUCGCGCACAAACACAAAUACUCGGAGAUCGUUGGAGUUCUUUUGCUGUGUGAUGAACAUGUUGUGUGGCAACUUGUUGUUGCACAACCAUUCGGUCAGCUUAUGGAUAUUCUGCACCUUCUCCAUCACCUGUUGCUCAUCAUCUUUGGCCAGAACAACAAAACAAACGGCUUCUGUGGGCGAUUCCUUAUUCAACCGAUAGGCAUAGCCACCGGCAAUCUCCUGCAGAUUCACUUUGUCGAUGUACAACUCUUGUGGCAUGU